UCCGUAACGUCAGCCACGUCGCUCUUUACUCGCCAUUUUCCGUCAUCUGAGGCUGGAACCGGACAGUUCGAGUAUUCAGGAGUAACAGAGGACCGACUCGCCGGGGAAGGCGCUUCCUACAACAUGAACAUAUUCAGGCUAACCGGAGAUCUGUCCCACCUUGCAGCUAUUAUCAUUUUGCUGCUAAAGAUAUGGAAAAGCAGGUCUUGUGCCGGUAUUUCUGGAAAGAGUCAGGUUCUGUUUGCCUUGGUGUUCACCACUCGAUACCUGGACCUGCUCACGUCCUUCAUCUCCCUCUACAACACCACCAUGAAGGUCAUCUACAUCGGAUGCUCGUACGCCACCGUGUACCUUAUCUACAUGAAGCUCAAGGCCACGUACGACGGGAACCACGACACCUUCAGAGUGGAGUUCCUCAUCGUCCCUGUGGGGGGGCUGGCCUUCCUGGUUAACCAUGACUUCUCUCCCUUGGAGAUCCUGUGGACAUUUUCCAUCUAUCUGGAGUCGGUGGCUAUUCUCCCCCAGCUGUUUAUGAUCAGUAAAACGGGCGAGGCCGAGACCAUCACCACCCACUACCUGUUCUUCCUGGGACUCUACAGAGCGCUCUACCUCAUCAACUGGAUAUGGAGGUUCUACUUUGAGGGCUUCUUUGAUAUGAUCGCCAUUGUGGCAGGAGUGGUUCAGACCAUUCUCUACUGCGACUUCUUCUACUUGUAUGUAACAAAAGGAGCAAUAACCACGACAGAGGCAUAUUUGGAUUUGGGUGUCCAAACAGACGGUGUUGUCCUGUCUGCAAAUGAAGGUUAUGUUGUGGUCAGUUAGAUGGUGAGAAAUGGACCACUUGUGCUGAAAGGCAAGAAGCUGAGCCUGCCUGCCUAAGUGCCAAAGAGACCUGAAGCCAGGAUCCAGCAGGAAAGAAGGAACUGCACCCCCCCCAGUAAGAUGCCUGAGACAGAAGCAGGCCUGGAGCCGUCGCGUCAGCUGCACCGGUCAACUCCGGACACCUGCAGAGGCUCAGCAGGGCUCCCGGGUUUCUGUUUGAUACAUCUUGCCUUAACUGUUGCAUUGCUCUGGAGAGGAACAGGGGCGGUGCAGGGUCUGGAAUUCGACACGACCAAUAAGAACUGAAAAUUUAGAUAUGGCUCUAAGUCAGUGGGGUGGACUUGAUGUGGUGAGAUGGUGUUGAGCGCCAGAGGAGCCAUGGUUUCCUGAGUCACUGAGAAUGAGUUGGCUGAUAAAUACGACACACACGUAUUACACCUUCUACACACUGAGCUCCUUGUGCAUCCACCAUGUAGAGCAUAGGAGUGAUUAAGAAAUCCAGCGUCAUGAGGGGGUAAUUGGUUCUGUUUGCCAUAAAAGUUUUUAAUAGUACUUUUUAGAAGUAAUGAAGAAUAAACAGUUAAGUGGACGAGUAAAGGCAGACUAGCAUUAGUGUAAAUGAACGCCCACUAUCACCUGUAAAUACACAUUACCACGUGUUCAUGGAGCAGGAUUCAGUAACUCACUGGUCUCACUAUACAGGCGUCUUCUUUUACCUUUUAUUUAGUUGCUGCUGAUUUCCAAUAAACAAUGUAAAACUUCUUGAUUUUAA